CAGCUCACUGCUCCCGGCCGCGCUCACCUCCUCCUCCUCCUCCUUUCUCCUCCGCCCGCACCUUCUCCGGUUCCCCGCGGACUGGACCAGGGCGCACUGGACCAGGGCAGACUGGACCAGGGCGCACUGGACCAGGGCAGACUGGACCAGGGCGCACUGGACCAGGGCAGACUGGACCAGGGCGCACUGGACCAGGGCAGACUGGACCAGGGCGCACUGGACCAGGGCAGACUGGACCAGGGCGCACUGGACCAGGGCGGACUGGACCAGAGUCCGACCAUGUUCGACCUUAACGCCGGCUGGAACCUGUCCUUUGCCGGGUGCGGGUUCCUGGGCAUCUAUCACAUCGGAGUGGCGAGUUGUUUCCUGGAGAAGGCGCCGUAUCUGGUCCACGGAGCCUCCAGGAUCUACGGAGCCUCGGCCGGAGCUCUGACCGCCUCUGUGCUCGCGAGUGAGGCGUGUAUCGCCAAAUGCUGUGAGGAUGUGAUCGAUGUGGCUAAAGAGGCUCGUCGGAGGAACCUGGGCCCCCUCCACCCGUCGUUUAACCUGGUAAAAGUGCUUCGCUCUGGACUCAACCGCGACCUCCCCUCGGACGCUCACCUCCGGGCCUCGGGGCGACUCUGUGUUUCCCUGACCCAAGUGUCCGACGGGAAGAACGUGCUCGUGUCACAGUUCAGCUCCAAAGAAGAGCUUAUACAGGCGCUGGUCUGCAGCUGCUUCAUCCCCAUCUACUGCGGCCUGAUCCCCCCCUCGUUCAGAGGAGUGAGGUACGUGGAUGGGGGCAUCAGUGAUAAUCUGCCCCAGUCUGAGCUGAAGAACACCAUCACCAUCUCCCCGUUCUGUGGAGAGAGCGACAUCUGCCCCCGAGACGGGUCCUCCAGCUUCCACGAACUGCGCUUCACCAACACCAGCAUCAAGAUGAACCUGGGGAAUAUGUACAGACUGAGCAAGGCCCUGUUCCCCCCAGAGCCAAAGAUAAUGGCUGAGAUGUGCCAGAGUGGAUAUAAAGAUGCUCUACGCUUCCUGGAGGAUAACAACUUGUUGAUGACCACUCAUCCCUCCUCUGGCCCCUCCAUGGUGGACCCCCCUCCGGGCUGCUGCUGUGCCCAGACGGAGAGCACCCGAGAGUGGGUGCUGCGGCGACUCAGGCUCCUGAGGAAGCAGCACUGGUGGUUGGACGAGAAACUGAACCUACCCAGCAACAUCAAGAAAGUGUUCUGCGAGGCGUGCCAGGACAGAGCCGGUCUGGUCUCCACGGUUACAGGCAUGUUACCGAUGCGUGUGGCCUCGUACAUGUUACUCCCCUACACGCUCCCGGUGCAGUCGGCCUACUCCGCAGCUCAGAGGUUUGUGGAGUGGAUCCCAGAUGUUCCCGCUGAUGUGCGAUGGAUCUUUGGAAUGGCAGGAAAUGUGUACAGACAGGCCCGGAGAGCCCCCGCCCCGAGCAGUGACUCUGGCCUGAGGAAGUGUCUCAGCGUCCCCCCUCUCACCUCAGAGAAAGAGCGCCCCCUGGAUUUGGAUGCGCUCUCCUCUUUAGAUCUUCAUGGAAACUACUGGGAGAUCCCCCAAACCCCCACCUCUCCCUCCUCCACCCACAUCUCCUCUCCCCAGCAGGUCUGCUUCUUCGUGGGUUCGCCGGACGAUGAGGCCGGCUCAGCUACGGAGUGAUGGAAGGGACAAAAAGCACUUUAAAAAAACUCCCAUAUGUCAAAGCAAAUGAGAGCACUGCACAAAAAAGGAACAUGUUUUUAAAGGAGCCAUGUUUUCUGAUCUGUGUUAUAAUAUAACCCUAACCACACAAAGCUGCACAUUUAGGCUGAGUUCUUCUCUCAAACACUCUGUUCCACCUUGUGAUGUCAUCAUGUGGUAAUACAGGAAGUGCUCCACUGUGUUUUUAAACUCCACCUUCACUAGAAUCGUUUGGAUCAUUUCAGAACUAGAAAUGCUAAUAUCUAUUGAACUAAAGGUAAAAUGAGCUGUUAACUUGAAAACUACCACUUCAUGACAUCACAAGGUGGAACAGAGCGUUUUGAGGUUUGGAGAUGUAACAGACAAAUAAUAAUUCGUCAAACAUGUGUGAAUGAAACAAAACACAACUCCAGGUCUGUUUUUCAGGAGGUAAAAACAUAAAAUGGCUCAAAACUCACAGGAGUCUUUAACCUUUUCACUCCGACGGCACAGAAGUUCAAAAGUGUAAAUUUAAAAAAAGUAUAUUUAAAAUGUUUUGAGGAAAAGACAAAAAUGUGUUUAGGAUUUCAAGAUUAAAUUAUUUCACAAUAUUUUUCAAAAAUAGUUAUUGGAAGAAUGUACCUCUGCAUUUGACCCAUCCUUCAGUGUGUCUGGGUUAAAAGUGUCAGGAGCAGUGGACCAGGACUAGACCAGGACUAGACCAGGACUAGACCAGGACUAGACCGGGACUAGACCGGGACUAGACCGGGACUAGACCGGGACUACACCGGGACUAGACCGGGACUAGACCAGGACUACACCAAGACUAGACCAGGACUAGACCGGGACUACACCGGGACUAGACCGGGACUAGACCAGGACUACACCAGGACUAGACCAGGACUAGACCAGGACUAGACCAGGACUAGACCAAGACUAGACCAGGACUAGACCGGGACUACACCGGGACUAGACCGGGACUAGACCAGGACUACACCAGGACUAGACCAGGACUAGACCAGGACUAGACCAGGACUAGACCAGGACUAGACCAGGACUAGACCAGGACUAGACCAGGACUAGACCAGGACUAGACCAGGACUAGACCAGGACUAGACCAGGACUACACCAGGACUACACCAGGACUAGACCAAGACUACACCAGGACUAGACCAGGACUAGACCAGGACUAGACCAGGACUAGACCAGGACUAGACCAGGACUAGACCAGGACUAGACCAGGACUGUAGUUCCUGUAGGUGGAGGAGUACUGUGCAUGUUUUAUGCUUCUUGACACAGGCAGAACAUGCACAAUGCAGAGGAGGACCUUCUUGCUGUGAGACAUGGGGCAAAGCACUACACUGAACCUGGAUAUGACGGGGUAAAACAGAGGGAUUCUGUUUUACAUCACAAAUACUUCCUGGAUUUUCUUCAGUGUUUCAUCCAUAAACUUCACUCAUGUGUUUUAUGUAAAGAACUAAGUGCCUUUUAUGUGUUAAUUAUUAAGUCAUUUUUAUGAAACCAAGAAGCACAGAUCACCUUGUCUUCUGGAAUGUUCACUUUUCUCCAUGCAUGUUUGAGUAAUCUAGUGAUCUCUCCCAGGGCCUAUUCAAAUCCUCCUGGUGUAAGGCUCCGCCCACAAGUGUCACAAACACAUGUUAAUAUGUUGUUUUUGGCAAAUAUAGCAUUUUGAAAACAAUGAAACAUGGUGAUCUAAAUGUUCUACCUCCUCUUUAAUACACAUAGAAGUAAAACAGACACAAACUCUUUAAUCAUCGUUAAUGUCAAACAUGGAGGCUCUGUCUACUUAACCUCUAUAUCGUUUGUUUCGGAUUUGUGCCAUUUUCUCUUUAUCUGUUUAUCAUGUUUAUUCAUUUAAUCUGGUAAAACUUUCAAAAAGUUUUGGGAGAUAUUGUGGCUCUGAAAUGUUUUGGGGUGAGUCUGACCCCGAGUGCGUAGGACCCCCAGGUCUUUUUGAUGUGGAUUUUUUUGUAAAUAUUGACCAUUUGUAAUUACUGAAAUUUGGUUCAUUUUGGCUGUUUUAAUUAAAUACAAAUGU